GCGGGUUCUUAUACUAGUAAAAGAGAAACAGAAAGCAAAAAGGACAAAAAAUUUUUUGACCAGCAUUUACUCUUGUUUUCUAGUAUAGUUGUUUGGUAUUCCUCUUUCUCAGAACCGUAACCGCUUCACUGAUACCUAAGUUGCUGAUUGUGCUUCUUUGACUUAUAUCCUCUGCUCUUUUAUUUUCUUUACAUAGGUGACUUGAAUUGUAAGGAUUGCAUCUUGGGUUGCCCAGAAGACACAUUAUUAGGUGACUUUGGAAUUCUCAAGAACACAUCUUGGUUUGCAUCUUGCUUUGCCGAGAAGAUACAAUAAGUAUUUGGCAGGGAAUCUCAUUCAUCUGGAUUAAUGAGAAAUAGUUCAGUGGGGCCAUAAUGCAAGAAGCUGUCAUCUGAGUUUGGAAUGCUAGGAACGACAAAAUUGUACAUAGCUAUAUGUUUCCAGGAAGAUUUCCUAUGAUGGAUGUAAAUCCUAGGUAUGUGGUUGAAAGGGAUAAUGCUUUGCAAAGAAUUCAGCAUGACUUGUGGCCACUGGACGAAAUUGAUCCAAAGAAAGAAAAGUUCCCUUGUUGCCUUGUUUGGACUCCUCUCCCUGUGGUUUCUUGGCUUGCACCUUUCAUCGGACAUGUUGGCAUAUGCAGGGAGGAUGGUACUGUUGUAGAUUUUUCUGGAUCCAACAUGAUUAAUGUUGGUAAUCUCUCAUAUGGAGCUGUAGCCAGAUACUAUCAGCUAGAUAGACGGCAGUGCUGUUUUCCUCCCAACCUUUCUGGACACAUAUGCAAGCAAGGUUAUCAACAUGCAGAAUUUGGGACAGCAGUAAGUUGGGAUGAUGCUCUUCACUCUUCUACGCUCAACUUUGAGCAUAGAAAUUUCAACCCUUUCACUUGCAACGACCACUCAUUUGUCGCUGAUUUCCUGAACCGGCUAUCCUAUGGAGGAUCAAUGAAUUGGAACAUGGUUAAUGUUGGAGUUGUUGUACUGUCCAAGGGGCAGUGGGUUGACAGCUCAUCAAUCUUAAGAUCAUUUAUGCCUUUCAUUGUGAUGGUUUGCUUCGGACUUUUAAUGGUCGGGUGGCAGUUUCUGCUUGGUAUGUUGAGCUUUUUUCUUCUUGUUGCUGGAUGGUAUAUCUUGGCAACUUACUGUUUCAACAAUCUGAUUGAACAGUAGGACGUUGUGCUGUUAGUUCGAGUCUUAUAGGUGGUUGACAAGGAAACUGAAAUGUUUUCCUUAAUAAACUCGUCUCUUGUAGAAGAACUGGACACUUAUUUUCUGCAAUGUUAAUAAAUGUAUGUAAUAGCAGAAGACUUUUUAUCUUUUAGCUUAAUAAAGUUAUGUCUAGUGGCUAUGUUUCA